AAGCCUCCCCUCCCUGUCUCCCCUCACCCUCUAAGAACUGCCUGAAACAGUGGCUGCAUCUUCGCCAGCAUCCACUGCCAGUGGUGAAGCGAUUGUUUGCUCUUGGGUCUUCACGGCAGAUGGGACAUUUUGUGGUAGUUACUUAUUCCAAUUUGAUGAAUGGGAAGAGCAUACUGGGGGUGAAGUACACACUUCGUGACUUCAUCUCAAACGUUGGUUAUGGGGUGAUACUGCAUGAGGGGGACAGGCAAGGAUGGAUUCAAAAUAUCUCUGGAGUGGAGAUUUGCGGCUGUAAACCGCUCUGAUUGUUCACAUUUCAGCCGAAAGCUAGAUACAUCUUCAACUAGGACAAGUGCCAGUCGUUCAAUAAAUCUGAUAUUCUUGUAGAGAAAGUGAAGCACACAACGGAGUUGACUUUCUACCUUCACGUCACGUAUGCGAAGAUUUACGGGCAAAUACGGGGAAUUGAAUUGUUAGAGGUUAACUACUUAAUCUUCAACCUUGAAAUAUGUUACUGCCGAAGAAUCGAGGGGUAUGUCAUAACGUCUCCAGGGAUCCUUUCAUGCCGCCGGAGGCUGCAUGCAACGAAGGUCAUAACCAAAUCGCCACAAGAGCUUAAUCAUCACGCUUAACUAACCAGCAGUGGACGUACUUUUAAUUUUGACCGUCAUGGGAUGUGGGGCAUCCAAAGAUGGCGUUGCAGAACCCCAGCCCAUGCAGAUUCGUGGUUAUGAUACGGAAUUCCGACUGAAAGGCGAAGAUGCCUUAAAAUCCAAUAUCCAAGUGAUCAGCGAUAUUAACUCUGCAUGCGUAUCUUCAUUAUCCAUCUCUUCAUCUGUACUCAACAAUCCUCCUUCAGCCUUCUUCUACAUGGACAAUUUCGAUGAGGACACGUUUAGUGAUGAGGAAGACUCUGACUUGGACCCCAGCUUCACACUUCCCUUCAAACGAAUUAUCGAAGAGGUUGACGACGAUGCAUUCAUCACAACAGCUUUAACUGCUUUAAGCGGUGGUAAGGAAGCUAAAACAGACAAAAAGGACAAAACGAAUAUUGACGAUGUCGAAAAGCGAAUUGAGGUUAACGUAGUCGCCCAUAAUGAAGUAUUGAGCGCAGAAAGUGGUGAAGAUUAUUUGACUUGUCCACUGUAUAUGGUGCCCAGGGCGACAAGUUUCCAAGCCCUGAUGAGUACCAGCCCUGUGCUCACACAGCAACAUCUUGGUGGUGACAUAAUGGCAAGGGAAGAAACAGAUACUGAAGAACUGCUCGUUCCAGAGAGGACCCAUACAGUGCACGAGGACCGACGUGAUCAGCUAGAGGAACCAGAAGAAUUUAAGAGACCAGCUAACCCAGCUGUUCCUGAUCAUGAAAUGAAUCACUUUGGUGAAGAUUCCGCUUCAGCUUUGAUAGAGAAUCUCAAGCAAGAGCAUCACCAAAAGCAAGUGCAGCCUAAACAAGAAAAUCUUAAACCCAACAACAAAAUGAAUACGAACGAGACCUCGUCAGACAAUCAAGAUAAGAUUGUACCAAAGAUGCCUCCUCUCACCAUGGUCUCUCCAAUACCAGCCGAACUUCCAGCACACUUAUCCAAGAAGGCAGCACUCCCUACGGUCACCCUGAAAGGGAAUGUACCCAUAAUUCACCAAGACGAGCUUGUGACGGCACAAGGACCAGUGGACUCAGCAACAAGACCAUGCAGCUGUGGGGACAAUCUGGAGCUGAGCAGAUGGUCUCCAAUGACAGAGAAUUUAGAAGAGACCCCAACUCCUGCAACGAAGAGUCCUGCUGGAAGUGAGUGGAGGAGCCCGAGUCGGGAGAUGCUAGACCCUGACAUAGAGGACAUUGUGCUCCUAGAAUCACCUCCACCACCACCGGAGCUGCACACACUGCCGCUGCCAGCUAUGCUAGACUGCCAUGGCAUUCAUAUGGACAACCGAGACUUUAUCAGCCCCUGCCUGCGUUUCAUCUCUUGAGGACUUUUGUUGCCAUCUUUAUUUCUGUCUUUCUGUCCUUCUUGCUUGCUUGCUUUCUUCUUCCCCACAGCCCCACCUCUUCAUCUCCGUGUCUGGAUACUUUCGGAAUCACCACACUUGCUCACCGAUGUCGAUAUUGUUUGAUCAUCUCCGGUUUUGCGUUUCUCUCGUUUGAUGAACAACCUCUCCUCGGUGAUCGGUGACUCUAGCUCUUCUUCCCACAACAUCUCAACAUCUCAUUUCUGAUACCUUUGAAUAUGUUUGCUGCUCCGCCACUGAGAUGAGUCAUUUCUCUACUUAUUAAUAUGGGUAGCGACAGGAAUACUGUAAGAUACGAUUACCGAGUGUUUUUUGGAAGGAAGAGAUGAAUAAUAAUACUCUCCUAAGGUGGAAAAAAGGAUAAAAGAAUGAACGUUGAGUAUAUCAUCUAUAAUUGUGUUUUGAGUUUUUUGAGGCAGGUCUUUCAAUAAAAAUGGAAGUUAUCUGU